AUGACCUGGGUUGACGAAAUCAGACCUCAGUUCAUUCUUGAGCCCAGUCAAGUGCGCGAAAUCAAAGGCAUGGUCAUGCUUGCUCAAGGGGUGGAUAUGGAGCUGUUGAAACUUCACCUUCUGACACAUGCUGCAAUAUGUCGCAUGGAGAAUAAAAAUUGUGCCAACAAUUCUGAGUCCUCUGCAGUCAAGGAAGUGGUCGAUGUCGCAAUGAAACAGCUUUCAAAGCACGUGGAAAUACCAGGAGAUAUCAAGCUUAUUCUUCGCACGAUUGCUCGUGAGGAAUGUGCAAAUCCUGCCCGUGGAUCUUACUGUGAAGUGGGAAAUGCAGUCUGGCGAUGUUUUAUGCGUGAAUUUGAGUGCAAGGUGCAAGGACCUGUUUUCAAGAGACGAAAGACCAACAAUGGAGGAUGUCAAGCACAGGAUGAUGCCUUCUGGGGUCGAUUCGACAAAUUUUUGAAGGAGAAGAUUGAUGCUUAUGGCCAGAAUAUGAAAGAGGACCGAUGGAAGGCGUAUCUCACUGAGACCGUGCAGGCUGACUGGGAACUGUUUGGAAAGCCGAGCAACACCCUGCUUCCUGCACUUCCCUUUGUGGUUAGCAGUACCGAACCAACAACAGGCCGUGCACCCCUUACAGAGGUUCCUAACAGGAACAAUAGAGCUUCUGGUGCUGUAGGAAAUGGGUCCGAAAUCCACGAAGAGGAGUACACAUAUUUCUAA